CUGUGAGUGAAACGUGCACACUGACAACCAUCGUUGAUCGUGCGCUCUUAACUUGAGCCAUCAUCUAAUUUUCCAUGAUGGAAAUUGUAUUGUUCUAGUAUACAUCUCAAGAACUAGAAAUGGACAAUCCUCUGGGAUUGAUCAAGGAUCUCUUGACGAAUCCGAGACACUCACGAUGGAUUGCAUCGUUACUCAUCCUGGCCGACGCCGUCCUUUGCGUUGCGGUCAUCCUCUACGUCCCAUACACCGAGAUCGAUUGGGAUGCAUAUAUGUCACAAGUCUCCCAAUUCGUGGCAGGAGAGCGUCAAUACGCGAAUAUCAAAGGCGGUACCGGGCCUCUGGUAUAUCCUGCAAUGCACGUCUACAUCUAUCGAGCACUAUAUGCUGUCACGGACAAAGGUAGAAAUAUUCGGACGGCGCAAUGGAUAUUCGCAGGCGUCUACCUAGCUACCCUAGCUCUGGUCAUGGCCGUCUAUCGCAAGGCAAAGGCACCGCCAUACCUACUCGGACUGCUUGUCCUUUCGAAGAGGGUUCAUUCGAUCUUCUUGCUCCGGCUGUUCAAUGACUCCUUCGUCGCGUUCUUCUUGUGGGCUACGAUCUAUUUCUAUCAACGCCAGUUCUUCACAGUAGGAUCCUUUUUCUACUCAUUAGGCGUGGGAGUCAAGAUGUCCAUGCUGCUUCCUCUCCCUGCCAUCGGAAUUGUCCUACUGCAAGCACUUGGGCGAGAACGGGCGAUCACGCAGGCACUGGUCAUGGCCCAAAUUCAGGUCGCGAUCGGAUAUCCAUUUCUGGUCAAGCAUACGCCGCAAUAUUUCGAACGAGCGUUUGAUCUAGGAAGGCAGUUUCUUUACAAAUGGACCGUUAACUUCCGGUUUGUGUCGGAGGAAGUCUUUCUCUCCCAGAUAUUCUCGUCCGCCCUUCUUGGGGCACAUGCGUGGAUUCUCUCGGUCUUCGCAACGACGCGCUGGCUUGCGCCGCUGCGGACCGUAAGCGGAUCUUCCGUUCCCACCACUUCAGCCUCAGGAGGGUCCGGAUCGGCGAGGCAUGAAUCCCGCAAGGCGAUAUCCUCAUUCAAGGCGCUCCAGAUCGCCUUGCUUGACCCUUACGCUUCGGAAGGAUCCAGCGGUCCGGUUCCGUCCAUGGCAUCAGAUCUCGUCUCGGCUGCCUCAGCGACCUUUAUCCCAACCGCCAUCCUCACCGCAAACGCCGUCGGCAUGCUCUGCGCAAGGAGUCUGCAUUAUCAAUUCUAUGCCUGGGGCUAUUGGGGCACACCGUUUUUACUCUGGCGAGCAGGAUUUCCACCGAUAGGAAUAAUUGCGGUGUGGGCCGCGCAAGAAGUGGCGUGGAACAUUUUCCCGAGCACGCCAGUUAGUAGCGCAGUGGUGGUAGCCUGUCUUGCGGCGCAGGUUGGCGGCGUAUGGUGGGGGACGAGGAAGGAUUUCUUUGAGACCAGGAGGGAGAAAAAAGUGCAUGGUGAAUAAACGAGGUCUGGUCUCAGACAUCGCCCGCGGAGUCCUCUUCCUCGCUCUCAGAUGGUGGCAUCUUGCCAACAUUGGACUCCUCAUCCUCCACAUCUGCUGUUUUGGCGAAUUGUUUCGGCCACCAAGGCAUCUUCUUCCAUAUCCGGUCCUCUCUCACAACAUUGAUGAUAUCUGCUCCGACCUUCCCCGUAUCUUCAUCUUCGCGCCUUUGAACGAGCACAAACCCGCCUCGCUUCAUCCAGACGGUGUUAACGAACUUCUGGUCCAACUCAGCCAGUGCGGAUUUCCCAUUUGGGAGGGAGACGGUGAAAAGGUUUCGUCCUUCAUUCUUCGCGAUGCGUGCAAUGGUCUGGUUGUACUCGAGGGUUU